AAACAAUUAUACAAAUAAUUUUAAACCUAUCAGUAUAACACCAUAUGCACCCGUAGAACUUCCAAGAAAUAAUAAAUAGAUGUUUCAAGCUAUAAAAAAAAUACUCAAAACUUAGUGUGGCCACAAAAAAUACCACUUCACCAAAAUACUUUUCCGCCAUCGUUCUUCUUCUUCGCACAUGUAACCACAACAAAACACCACGCGGAAAUCUUAAAGUAAACAAUGGAAAUUAGUAAAAAGUCGAAAAAAUCGAAGAGCGCAAAGAAGUCAAAGGCUCCCAAGGAUUCGGCCAUGUCUAUCAAAUUAAUGGCUCUCCAGCGCAAACAAAAGGAGGUUGCUCGUGUGCUCACUAAACAGGAGAUAUUGUUAAAAUCCGGAGUAUCCUACCUGGAGUAUUUGGAAAUUAGGUCAGAGAUCGAACGUUUGAAUUUCCUAAAGGAGACAUUUUCGCGGCGUGCUGACAAGUUGAAACAACAAAGCAAAUAGAUCUAUAUAAGGUGAAUUAUUUUUAAGAGACAAUAAAAUUUGUGGAUUUAACAGUUGUAUGUUUAUACCCAUUAGUAGAAUUGUAACAUUAA